AGCACUUUCGCAAGUAAGCACAUGUACCGGUAAACAAUGGUAAACAAUUGUCCACUGGACGUUUGUGUAUGUGUGUGAACUUGUCCCGUUAGGAUUAUGUAAUGGUCAUUGAUUCGGACAUAGAGGUAUUGUGUGUUAAGUUAGCAACAGGUGAAGACAGAGCGGAGAAAACAUGGAGUUGAAGGCUAUGACCGGUAAACACUGUGACAGUAUAGCGUUCAACAUUUUCCUGGUUGGUGGUAUUUUUCUUCUGUGGUACGAGGCAUUUUUCGUCCUUCCUUCCUACGAACCGGAUACUGUCCGCUACGUAUGGCUACACUACAUUGUAGCCGGCUGGCUAGCAUUUAGUAUCUACGGAAACAUGUACAAGCUCAAGACCACGGAUAUCGCGUUCAGGACACGCAGGGAUGAUUACGGUAUUGUAAAUAAACCUCGUGGCUGGAAGUAUUGUCGUAUGUGUUUGAUGGAUACACCCGCCCGAUCACACCACUGUAAGGUCUGUAAAGUAUGUAUACUGAAGCGGGAUCAUCACUGCUGGUUUGCUGCCGGCUGUAUCGGUUACCAUAACCACCGUUACUACGUUGUCAUGGUAACGUACAUGGUGAUAGCCGGCUUGUAUUGUAAUUUGUUCAAUUCUGACUUCGUCACUUCCGUUACGGGAGGCUUCAGUGUGAUGAACGUUAUAUGGUUCCUUGGGCCACAUGUGGGUUGGCUCCUCGGGUACUUGAACACUUAUGAAUUAUUUGUGUACACGCUCAGCUCGGCCGGGAUAAUUAUGACGGUGUUAUUCAUUUGGCUUCUCGUUAUCCAGAUUAUGCAGAUACGGAGCGGACAGACCAAAUAUGAGGUGAAAAUGGAGAUACACAAUUACGGUAUGAAACAACAGUGGAAUGUAGAGGAAGUGUUCGGGGAGCAUUCAUUUCUCGUGUUUCUGUCACCGUUUUUGAACUCUGCUUUGCCAGGCGAUGGAAUUGUAUUUAGUUCGGCUGAUUGAAAUGGAAUAAAUGGAAUAACUUAAAUAUGUUGAAAAUAGAUGAUUCCUGAACACUGAACAUACAAAGUGUAACAAAAACUUGGAGAACUCGAAUGUGUUUGAUAA